AUGGAUAUCUAUUCAUACCUACGUCGGCCUGACCCGGCCUACGCUGCCUACUACGACUUCAACCCGGACGUCGACGAUGAUUUCGAAUAUCUCCAGUCGCGUGGAUACGGCCAGCUCGAUGGCCCGGUCAUGCCUGGACGGCCAACUUCGCACGAACUUCGAGACUCAGUCAAUGCGAUAUCCGAUGAAAUAACCAAGGCGUACACCGAACUUAAAGUGGCAUAUGCCGCAAACGGCAAGGUGAUCCUUGAGCAGUGGGUGCGUAUGACCAAGGAAGAAAGGACGUCAGCAUUACAGAAGGCCUUUGGAAACGGUAUUGCUCAACAACAUCGUCCGGAUAUCCGGCUGCUCUUGAAAGCUCUGCCUUCGAUCGCAACCGGCCGGUUCAAGGUCAAUCCGGGGACCUGGACAGAGUUGACCAAACAUCGCGAGGUUUUCAAGACACCGCAGAUCAAUAUAGAAGAUCUGGCACUAUUCCCCGAACACCUCGGUCUGUUGUGGCGAUCUAGAGCAACUAACCAUCCGGUGCUAUUCUGGCGCUUCGAUCUCGAAGCAAGCUAUCUUGCUCGGCACACCAAGGUUCUUGUGGGACCUUUUCUGCCACGAUACGUGGUGACAUUCUCAGAUUUGACCCCGUACGCCAAUCUCGUGGCCUUGACAAGCGAAGCAGUAUCUGUGGGCAUUGCGCCAGAGCCCAAGCUAUUUUGA